AUCUGGAGUUUCAAUGGUUCCCGAUGAAGCAUUGGGCCGGCUCUUGACAUUGCAGGUCUAUCUUCAGCUCUUUCGAUCUAUCAGAACAGAUCAGGGUACCAUUGACAGAAGCAUCUGGAAAGAUUGGAUAUUCACGUUUUUUAAAUUUGGGAUGAGCAUCGUUAGCUGGAGUUUUUAUUUUACUAUUGUCUCCUCGAGAUUGUCUGCAGGUUUUAUGGAUGAGCCUGCAUUGCUUCUAUCCCUGCAAGUUUUUAUGUGCCGCGAUCAGUCGAGAAUGCUUUGGUAUGAAUUACUCGUCCAAGCGAAAAAGAUAAGACCAGACAAGGCGAGUGUCUUUUCUGCGGGAUUGGUGCAUAUAUUUCCUCUUUGCGGAGGGCACUAUGUUACGGUGCAGGGUUGGCACAUUGGGCAGCAUCUCAUCAAGGGACUCUGAUUUAUGCGACUUGUCCGAUCUCCAUUGGUCGCUGCAAUCAGGUGAGAGGAGAGAUCAUCUAUGGACGAUCGUUGUCCCAAGAAUUGGGCUGUUUCAAAUGUUAGUUAUGUCUGUUUCUAACCUCUCUUUGAUUACCUCGUACCAGGGAGGGAUUCUCUAUUGUGCCGCAGCAUAUAUAUAAUCUAGCCAGUCAAAGGAGACCUCGGGCUUUCAUUUGUAAGUUGAACGACCAGCUGCUAAAUUGCUUGCUAGUGCAAAUUCUUUUUUCCAGUGAAAACUAGGAAUCAGCUUUGUGUAAACUCUCAGGUUAUUAUGUGCAAAACCAGAAGAACUAGCCCAGCUCCUUAAACUUCUGGCUGCGACUUCCGUGCCCACACUCUCGGAAAUCGGCCUAGUUUUUUUGCGCUCAGAGAGUACGUACAGAAGCUCCUUGACCUGUUGAGUCAAGGCUCUAUUUGCUCGAGGUUGCAAAACUUACGUUCGCCAACAGAUGUAUAGUGGUUAUGUAACUUAUGUUCUUUGAUUCAGGGGUGUUUACUGACUGUGGCUACCUCCUUUCCAUGUGGAUUUACAUGAAUUUCUUUCUUUCGGCAACCGUUAGUUCUAGCGACCGUUUUCAUUGA